AUGAAGACACUCUCCGCCAUUCUCGGCCUUUUAGGCGCCUCGGCCACCAUUCACGCUGCCGUCAUACCCGCUAAGCUCGAGGGCCGUGACGAAGCUGCCGUUGUCCAAUACUGGGACAAGCGUGAGCCCGCCGAGGCUGCCGAACCUGCCGUUGUUCAAUACUGGGACAAGCGUGAGCCCGCCGAAGCUGCCGAACCUGCUGUUGUCCAAUACUGGGACAAGCGUGAGCCCGCCGAGGCUGCCGAACCUGCCGUUGUUCAAUACUGGGACAAGCGUGAGCCCGCCGAAGCCGCCGAAGCGGCUGUUGUUCAGUAUUGGGACAAGCGUGAGGAGAGUGGUUAA